AUGAACAAUAGAUGUCUCGGUUAUGGUAGCCAAGUUGUUGUCCUCUAUACAGGAGUCUAUUACAUCAUAAUUCUUGCUUGGGCUUUCCUUUAUCUCUUUUCAUCCUUCAGUUCAGAGCUGCCAUGGGCGAGCUGCAACAACUACUGGAACACAGAGAACUGCAAAGAGUUGAGCAAAAGCAACAACACUGAAUAUACUCCAGAGAAAAGCACGUCUCCUGUUAUUGAGUUUUGGGAGAGAAGAAUUUUGGGCUUGUCUGAGGGAAUAGAACAGAUUGGUAAUGUUAGAUGGGACUUGGCACUCUGCCUCCUGCUGGCCUGGAUAAUCUGCUACUUCUGUGUGUGGAAGGGAGUGAAGUCCACAGGCAAGGUGGUCUACUUCACUGCUACUUUCCCCUAUUUAAUGUUGGUAGUGCUGCUGGUCCGUGGACUUACUCUUCCUGGAGCGAAAAAUGGCAUCACGUUCUACCUCUACCCUGAUCUAACACGUCUCACAGACCCACAGGCACUGAGCUGCUCUCUUUUGCCCUUUAUUUGCUGA